AUGUCCGACCGCAAGGAAGAGCACCACCCUACCUCAGUUUCAAACAAUCUCAGUCUUGAAUCUCUGGCUAUUGACAAUGAUUCGAACUCUCGAGGUCAACUUGAUUCGUAUGAGAUGACCUUGGAUGCGAGAAAUCGCGCACUAUAUCGAUGGACUCGAGAUACUAUCGAAACGAACAACCCAAACCUAGACAUGGAAGAUUAUUUCAGGAAGUACGCAGGCUUGGAAAGUACGCAGCAGGAUGGCACAUCUGAAGAAGAGAUGAUAGAUCUUGAUGAAGCUACAAACAUUUCUCCAUCUCGAGAAGAAGAGCUCAUUGAUCUGGAUGAAGCUACGAACAUUGCCCCGUCUCAGCAAGAGCUCAUUGAUCUCGAUGAAGCUACGAAACUUACUCCACGACGAGAAUUCCCCCUUGUACCAUGGGAUGCUACAGUUAUGGAAGCUUUCUUUCUGUCACAGCUCGAGUAUACAUCCAACGACCCUCAUACAACUUACGAUAACAUCGCCUAUUUAGUCGACUCUCUUCAGUCAGAUCUUCCGUCUCCUUUUCUAACUAUCCUCCAUCAUGAGGUCGACGUGUAUGCGUAUAAAAGAUCGCUGGAACCCAAGAAGCUCUCUUUCUCUCUCUUUGAAGACGAUUCGGUCGAGGAAAUCGCUCCGCAUACUGCAUGCGCCCGAUGCCAGUAUAGCCCGGUCAACAAUAGUCAAGGCAUGACUCUCCUGACCUGUGAGAACUGCCUCUCGGUCGAAUACUGUAGCCUCGGCUGCCAAGAUGCCGACUGGGGCGCUCACCAGAUUAUGUACUGCGUGAACCCAAGGAGCAUUCCCUUCGAACAGUUGGCGGAGCCUCACACCCCCUCGUUCCUCCGAACCUCUCUCCCCAACCCCUUUGCUCGCUUGAGCAAGGGCCUCUGGCUACACGACCGCCACAAGAUCGACGUGUACGCCCUCCUCAUCGACUCGUUCCGGCUCCGAGAAUCCGAUGACUACUGGUAUGCCGGCCUGAAGAAGAAGGAGAGCCUCUUCAACGGAAAGGAGAGCUCAGUCUCUCAUUUCCGGGCCUUCCUGAGCUUGGCUGAGACCAAGGGGCUAAUGCCCCCUUGGUGGUCGCACAAGAAGCGCGUCGAGUGCCUGGACAUGGGCCUCGACUCGAGCUCCGACAACUUCCACGACCUCUGCGCCACGACCAGAGACAUUGAGAUUCUGGUCAUAUACGAAAGCGCCAUUAUGCUGAUGCAGCUCCGGAUGUUCGCCGAGUCUGUUUUGGGAACAGGCCCGGCAAGAUCAAACGGGCAGCUGAUGCUGCAGAAGAUGGUAGUGAUGGAGGAGGCCGGGCGAGCCUCGGUGAAGAAGUAG